AUGUUCCGUACAUUCGUCACCCUUGCUGCUCUCAGCAGAGUCCUCGCAUGUCCUGAGCACGCACCUGCAUCAUCUGCUCUCAGUAGACGCGCAGACGAACACUCAGCUGAAGCAACAUGGACAUAUGCCGACCAGGCUGCCUGGGCUAUCGAGAACCCCAUUUGCGCUAGCGGCACAAUGCAAUCCCCAAUCAACCUCAGUGGGGAUUUCUCCACAGUCCAUGUUCCCACUUUCAACUACAAGAACCUGGCUGCUGGGACUCUUUCGAACUGGGGAUACGGGCCGUCAUACGCUCUCAAUGGGACCGAUGGUGCUCCAACAUUCACCGAUAAUGGGACGACGUAUUACCUGAUUGGCUUCCAUACACACACUCCAUCCGACCACACCAUCAACGGCAAAUCCGCCCCCGCCGAACUCCAUCUCGUGCACGGCGAUGCUAGUGGAGCAGCAAAGGGUGUUGUCGGAUUCCCAUUAGCAAUUGGAGCCGAGUCGAAGUUCUUUGCUCAGAUUCUGGGACCGUCUGGUGCUCCCAACACCACGUCCACCAUCCAGAUUCCCAACCAGGAGCUGGAUGUGAGCAAGGCAUUGACGGACAGCGGGAACAUGAAGAACUUUUGGACAUACAAGGGAAGCUUGACAACACCUGCUUGUACUGAGGGCAAGAGAUGGUGGGUUAGUGGGCAGAGCUUGACUGUCAGCAAGGAGCAGAUGGCUGAGUUGAUGUUGAUCAGUGAGACUAGUGCGAGAGAUGUUCAGACGAUUCAGGAGCAUGGUGUUGGGGAGUUGUAG